CUGGAAGAGCGGACUUUACCUGAAGGAGGGAGAGGUGGCCUCAGGUGACCGGCGGGGCGGCUGGCCAGUGCUUCACUGUCCUCGCUGCUGCUGCUGCCCGCCAGCAUGCCUCCCUUGGAAAGCAUGGUGCUUUGUCGCGAGUCCCAGGUGGCCACUCUGCAGUCCCUAUUUGGAGAGAGACAUCAUUUCAGCUUUCCAUCCAUUUUUAUUUAUGGGCAUACUGCCAGUGGGAAGACCUAUGUGACACAAACUUUGUUGAAAACUUUAGAGCUCCCGCAUGUCUUCGUGAAUUGUGUUGAAUGCUUCACCCUGAGGCUCCUUCUGGAGCACAUCUUAAGCAGGUUGCGUGUCCUCGGCUCUCCAGAGGACGGCUCUUGCGCCGAAGUAACCUGUGACACGUUCAAUGACUUCGUUCGCUUGUUUAAACAAAUCACCAAAGCAGAAAGCCUCAAGGAUCAGACUGUGUACAUUGUUCUAGAUAAAGCAGAGUAUCUAAGAGAUAUGGAAGCAAAUGUUUUGCCUGGGUUUCUCAGGUUGCAAGAACUGACCGAUAGAAACGUUACUGUCAUCCUUCUCAGUGAGAUUGUUUGGGAAAAGUUUCGUCCAAACACAGGAUGCUUUGAGCCGUUUGUCUUGUACUUUCCAGACUACAGCAUAGGAAACCUUCAGAAGAUUCUGUCUCAUGACCAUCCCCCCGAGUACUCAGCCGAUUUCUAUGCCGCCUACAUCAACAUCCUCCUCGGGGUUUUCUACACUGUUUGUCGAGAUCUCAAUGAGCUCCGACAUCUGGCAGUGCUUAAUUUUCCCAAGUAUUGUGAGCCUGUGGUCAAAGGAGAAGCAAGCGAGCGCGAUACGCGGAAGCUGUGGAGAAACAUCGAGCCUCACUUGAAGAAGGCCAUGCAGGCCGUGUACCUGAGGGAGGUGUCAAGUUCCCAGUGGGAAAAGCUGCAGAAUGGUGACACAGAUCCGGGACAAGUGAAAGGUCUCUCAGCGUAUAACCACGUGGAACUCCCAUAUUACUCUAAGUUUAUUCUGAUCGCCGCAUACCUUGCUUCGUACAACCCAGCAAGAACCGACAAGAGGUUCUUCCUUAAGCAUCAUGGGAAAAUCAAGAAAACCAACUUUCUAAAGAAACAUGAAAAGACGAGCAAUCAUCUGCUUGGACCAAAGCCCUUCCCGCUGGACAGGUUGCUGGCCAUCCUGUAUAGCAUCGUGGACAGCAGGGUUGCUCCGACAGCGAAUAUCUUCUCGCAGAUCACUUCGCUAGUUACCCUGCAGCUGUUAAGCCUGGUUGGCCACGACGACCAGCUUGACGGACCCAAAUACAAAUGCGCCGUGUCUCUCGACUUCAUCAGAGCAAUUGCAAGGACAGUGAACUUUGACAUAAUAAAAUACUUGUAUGAUUUCUUGUGAAAACAAGAG